UAAAUGUUUGUUUGUUCCUGAUUACAGUGCGUUUGGCACUAAUGUCAAUUUGUGUUGGACAGAAUUAAGACUGGGCUUCCACUGUGCAAAUGCUGGCCGUCAUGGCAGAUUUAUGGUUGAUCUCUGUCCCAUUGGACAAGACUAGUUCAUCCAGUGUAGAGCAGCUCAAACUAUCCAUCGCCAAAACCAAUCAAGCUUCUUGCUGUAAGUUCUCCAUUCCAGAUCUUAAGGUGGGGGUCCUCGACAGUUUGCUCAGUACGUCGGAGAAUCUCUUCAGGCUAGACACACUCACUGAAAGUGUGAUCAAAAAAACACGUCAGUGCAUCAAAGAUGUGAUGGGACAAUCUCCAGACAACAUGGUGCAGAAGACCUCCGUCAGCAGAGACCACAACAUUGAGAAGAAAGUCGUGGUGUCACCUUUGAAAGCCUACCUGCAGUCUGUGAGGGCUGAAAUGAUGAGCUGUGUGACGAGGUUCCAGUGGGACAAGGCUAAGUAUCCCACAGCUCUGCCGCUCUCUAGUCUCGUCGAUAUCAUCAACAAGGAUGUCUCCCAGGUAGAGACGGAGUUGACAUCUCGAGCUGCAGCAUAUAGUAGCUUAAACACCAGCCUGCAAAGCCUAGAAUGCAAGUUAGAUGGUGGUUUGCUCACUCGCAGUCUGAAUGGCAUCAUAAGAAAAGAGGACCUGGUUGUGUCAGAGUACCUGACGACUGUUCUGGUUGUAGUGAGCAGAGGAAGCUACCUACAGUGGGAGAAGACGUAUGAAUCUUUGUCAGAGUUUGUUGUUCCACGGUCCAGCAGGAAGCUGUAUGAAGAUGGUGAAGGGGGCAUUUUCUCUGUUACUCUCUUUAAAAGAGCAGUGUUUGAUUUCAAAGCCAAAGCCCAGGAAAAGAGGUUCACUUUGCGUGAAUACAGCUUUGAUCUGGAGGAGGAGAAGCUGCAGGAGAGGAAGCAGCUUUCUGUUUACAAGAAUGAACAAUAUGGAACUUUUGUACGUUGGCUAAAGGUUAAUUACAGUGAGAUGUUUACAACCUGGAUUCACCUGAAAGCCCUCAGAGUGUUUGUGGAAUCAGUCCUCAGAUAUGGACUACCUGUACGCUACCAAGCUCUGCUGCUACACACUGACAGUAAGUCCUCGAGAAAAGUCAAAGAAGAACUUGCCUCACUCUUCAGGCAUCUGGACCCCACUGCUAAUGUCAAAAGCAACAAAUCAGAUCAGAUUUGUGACAUCCCGGGACUCUGUCAACAGGAGUACUUUUCCUACGUCUGCUUUGACAUCAACACCAAAGUGCUGGAGAUUACUGAGCAGUCAGCAAGUGUGAGAGGAACCCACUGCAGCAUCAAGCAGUGACAGUGCUGUUACCAA